CUCUAAAUUAAUUAAAAACUAUGGUUAUUGGUUACCCCUGACUCGCGUUGAUGUCAUUUCAGUUGGACUUGUGAAUCAGUUCAAUAGAAUCGAUUCAGUGAUUCGCGAAUCAAGCAAGCCAUCACCAAGGAACAACAGUAGGUUGUCGUCAGAGUCAGACCGGUGAGGUGAAUGAGAUGAGAUCGGGCUGCGGACCCCUCCAUGGAAGAGGCCAGCGAUGAGGGGCUUUUACUCCAAGCUGGACUCCUCAUCUCUGGGCAUGGCGAUGCCGCUGAACCUGGCCGUGGAGACUGAGAAAGCUCAGGCCCUGCUCCAGACCUUCAGCACUGCCUCUCUGUUAGCCAGCACGGGCCUGGGCGCUUUCUGCUUCCUCGCCGACCCCUUUCUGACGCUCCCCUUCAUCCAGUACCAUCUGUGGCUCAGGGCUGUGCUCGAUAACGCCGUCCACGGCAUCAUCGGACUCUGGUCAUGGGCCAUCAUCAUUGGUUUGAGGAAGAAAAGUGACUUCUAUGAAGUCGUGUUGGCCGGGUUUCUGGCAUCUAUCAUUGACCUGGACCACUUCUACACGGCUGGAUCACUGUCACUCAAAGCUGCUGUGAAUCUGCCGCACAGGCCUCCGCUGCACUGCUCCACCCUGAUCCCAGCGCUCUGCUUCUCUCUGCGCCUCCUCAUGUGGGCCUGCCAGCUCAAGGACUCCUGGUGCUCCCUGCCCUGGAUGCUGUUCAUCUCGCUGGCGUCCCACCACAUCCGCGACGGCUUUCGGCACGGUCUGUGGUUGUGUCCGUUUGGAAACACGGCGCCCAUCUCUUACUGGCUGUACGUCACCAUCACAGCCACCCUCCCUCACCUGUGCUCGGUGCUCAUGUAUCUGACCGGCACCAGAGACAUGAUCUCCACCAAACACGGAGUCGCCAUAGACGUCUGAAACACUGGCUUGAUUGUGGGCUCGUUAUUUAUUCAAUUAUUUAUUUUUUCCCAGCGACAAUUUAGCAUUGGCUAUAUUUCCAUUAGCUCUUCUCUGCCUCUUUGCCAUUCCAACAUAAUUCGUCCUUAUUCCUUGAGAGACUGGCAGUACGUUUGAUACUUUUAACUACUGUAGUCAUUCAGGAAUCAGUGUGAAAUCAGGUUGUAUUUACUGUGAAGACUGAAUAUUUUAAUAUGUAUGAUGUAGAUUAGGGUUGGG